AUGCCCUUGUCGGCUGACCCUGGUGUGACUGACUUCGGGGGAUGUCACGAGACAAUGGGUUCUGGUGAGAAGGAAUCUGAAGACAUCGACCCGCCGACUGCAUUGAGGGAACCGCGACAUGGGAAGGUGUCACUGCUUGGGGACGAGAUCAAGAACAAGAUGGCCUACGAACAGAAACAGAAGAGCGGACAUAGAAAGGGUCGAAGUCGAGCCUACGCCAUUUCCAGCCGUGUCGAAUUUGCUCGUGGCGAGGCCGUGUCUGCAGAGUACGCUGGCAUCGUCAAACAGCGGUGCGUGGAGUUUGGCGCUGCUGCGUCCAGCGGCGAAGAGGUCUCUCGUCAGGUCAUCGGGGACAGCUUGGUCCGUUACAGAGCAGGCGACUCUUGCAGUGUUCAAACUACUGCUCCUGAAAAGCCGCAGUAUAUCGUCAGCAACAUGAUGGAUCGAACGCAGUCAAGCAGUGGCCGCAAGUAUUCCGGAGGAGGAAAGACUGCGCCGUACGGGGAAAGCCACGUGCAGUUCAUACCACCCCAAGUUUCAUCGCUUUCAAGUACAAAAGAGACUGGAGAGCGGCAACGUGUCGAGGGAAACGAUACUGGCCAGCAGCGCGGCCAGCAGCGCGGCCAGCAGUGGCCUGGGUGGUCGCCCCAGAUGGAAUACUCGGACGACGCCAGGCAUCCGGUGAUACGGACACACGAGGAGGCCACGACGCCGAGCAUCACCACGGUCACUAUGCAGAAAAUCGAUAACGUCUUCAGAAACCAGGGCUCUGCGAUGCCGUCCGAAGCUCGCAUCUCGGGACACAGUUAUUACCAGUGGUGCCUGCUUGCCUGCGCCUACCUGGCUACCGCUGCCGCAUCAUUCCAGAACUUCUCCGUGCAGCUGCUGGCUCCGUCCUUCGAUUACUGGUGCAAGCCCCCGCCGGGAGUGAACAGCACCCAGUGGAAAAACAACAACAUCCCGCUGGACGAGAACGGCAGACACAGUCGCUGCUCGAUGUACGACGACAUCGCCAUGGUUGCCUCGUUUCGGCCCGCGGAGAAUGUGAGCCGCAAGGUUGUGGCAUGCAAGGAGUGGGCGUACGACGUCGAGCCCGGCGUGCACACGGUGGUCAGCUACUGGGGCCUGGUGUGCGACAGGGCCUGGCUGGUGUACCUGGUCACCGUGUACUACAACAUCGGCAGCUGCAUCAUCGUGCCGCUCCUCGCCCAGCUGUCGGACAAACGCGGCCGCCGAAAAGUCAUCGUGGCAUGCGUGCCGAUCGCCGUGGCCGCGUCGGCCGCCCAGACGUUCGCCACGGCCUUCUCCGUGUUCCUUCUGGCACGCGUGUUCUUUGCUGCUGCUGUGACUAUGUUGCGAAUUAAUACUAUCGUGCUGCUUUUCGAGACGACGUCGCCGAGUCACAGAGACGCCUACGUCCUCAGCGCGCACUCCGGCUACGUCACUGGCAGUAUGGCUGUCACGUUGCUGGAGACUUCAGUGCUGCACCACCGAGUAGUGAGCGCAUUCAGUCUGAUUCCAACGUGCCUCCUCGUAUUCAGCAUCUGUUUAGUCGAUGAAUCUCCACGGUGGCUCCUGGCGACUGGUCACUUGGACGAGUUCCACCGAGUCCAAAAGCGCAUUAUCCCGGUCAACGGCGCUGUAGUGAAAGAUACCCCACCUCCCGCCAGUGAGGUUGUGCAAGCCGCCGACGAUCGGCACAGCUUAAGCCUCAAGCAGAAGGAAACUACCACGGAACUGCUGCAGAUGUCGGUGCUGGAUCUCUUUUCCAACGUAUCUUUGAGGUACCGAACGGUCAUCGCCUCUGCCCUCUGGUUCUGUCUCUUCUUCUGCCUGUUCGGCAUCUGGAACUUAACUCCGCGAGCAUUGACAAUAUGGCAGGCGCUCGCGGAAGUUAUACUUCGAAGCACAGCCAUGAUUGGGGCCUACCUAAUGCUGAAAUGUUACCCCAGAAAGGGUGCCCUGAUGGCUGUCUUGCCUUUGGCGAUUCUCCCCACGCUUUCGGCGUGCCUGAGCGCCACGCUUCGAGGUGCUCACACCAGCCAGUUCUUCUAUCAACUGGCUUUGACGUCGGUGUUCGCCGCUGAUGCCAUUGUGGAACUAUACAGCCUCGAACUGUUCCCCACCGUUAUGCGAGUCCUCGGGUUAUCUGUAGCAGUGAUUUUCAGCAGGUUCGGCGUGACCUUGGCCACGCUUCUCAAGGACCUGGCCGAGUGCUGCCACGACUGUGCGUCGCUUGCUGUGGUGGCGUGCGCUCUGGUGUCUGCGCACGUUCUGAUCAGGUGGUUCCCGGAAACCAAGAACGUCGCACUGGCUGAAAGCGUCUACGAUGUAGAAGUGGAGACGAUGAAGCACACUGUUUCCGAUGUGCUCCAGCAUGUAAACAUUAGAGGAAAUUAUUGA